UGGGAAGAAGAGCAGCUUGGUCAACACACAGACGACAUCACAAUGUCCAUCUCUGAUUGCCUUCCCGAUUACCCGGUCAACUCGGAUUUCGUAAAUACAUUGAAGUCAGCCCUGGAAGCCAGGGAUGAGGCGAGAGUGAGGGACUUGAUCUGCACUGAAGUUCGGCACGUGGACGCCGUGAUAGAACUGGCCAACGACGACUGGAUGAAGGACCCCUCGGCCCAGCUGCCCCCCGGGGUGCUCCUAGGAGACCUGGACCGUCUUAAGCUCCUCACGGACCAGUUCUUCCAGGAUGCCAACGUGGUGUUUGAGAUCAAGAAGGAUGAGAUGGAGUGGCAGGUGAAAUCCCCGGCCACGUUUGGAACGUCAGGCCUCUGGACCUUGGAGUACAAGCGCGAGCUCACCACGCCCCUGUGCAUCGCCGCGGCCCGGGGCCACACGGCCUGCGUGCGCCACCUGCUCGGCCGCGGCGCGAACCCCGACGCCAGCCCCGGCGGCCGCGGCGCCCUGCACGAGGCCUGCCUGGGGGCCCACACGGCCUGCGCCCAGCUGCUGCUGCAGCACCGCGCCGACCCCGACCUGCUCAGCGCCGACGGCCUGGCGCCCCUGCACCUCUGCCGCACGGCCGCCUCGCUGGGGUGCGCGCAGGCGCUGCUGGAGCACGGCGCCUCGGUGCAGCGCGCGGGCGGCGCGGGCCUGGACACGCCCCUGCACGUGGCGGCUCAGCGCGGCCUGGACGAGCACGCGCGCCUCUACCUGGGCCGCGGGGCGCGCGUGGACGCGAGGAACGCCCGCGGCGAGACGGCCCUGAGCGCGGCGUGCGGCGCGGCGCGGCGGCCCGACGAGCACGCGCCCUGCCUGCGCCUGUGCGCGCUGCUGCUGCGGUGCGGCGCGGCGGCGGACGCGCGCGACGAGGACGAGCGCAGCCCGCUGCACAAGGCCUGCGGCCACGCGCGCCACGGCCUGGCGCGCCUCCUGCUGCGGCACGGCGCCGACGCGGGCGCGCUCGACUACGGGGGUGCGUCGCCGCUGGCCCGAGUGCUGCACGCGGCCGCCUGCGUCCCCGAGGCCGCGCCGCAGCGCACGCUGCAGGCGCUGCUCAACCACGGCUCCCCCACCGUGUGGCCCGACGCCUUCCCCAAGCUGAGUUUUGGCCACCACCAUCUCUCCGCUAGACUGCAGAAAUAUCCUCGUAACUGGGCUGUCUGCCUCCAGCAUGGCCCCAUGAAACUCUUCUCAACACUGUAGCCAUGGUGACAUUUCUAAAAUUAAAACCUGACCCUGUCACUCCUCCACUCAUCAUCCUUCAAGGGCUCUUGGGUGCCCUCAAGAUAAGUCUAGCCUCCCUAUCAUGGCAGACAGUGGUCUUCUAGAUCUGACCCUGCUUUCCUCUCCAGUCCCAGUUCUCACUACUCCCCGUGUCAAACUCCAUGCCACAGCCAAUAUUUUUUGUUCCUUUUCACCUCCCAAGUUUGGUAAAUGUUUUCUCCACCUGGAACAUUUUGGUCCUCAGAACUCUCCACACCUUUUGUAACUCCUACUCCAUGUCUUAGCUUGAAUGUCACUUCCUCCAGAAAUCUUUCCUUGACCAACUCACCACCCCAUUGCAAAUCUAGGUCUGAGUUAGGUGUCAUUUCUAGCAUCUGGUGAUUCUCUCACCAUAGUACUAUGGCACCUAUACAUUUAUUUUUAUUACUACUACUUCUACUAUUAUUUGAGACUGUAUCAUUUGGGACCGUAAAAUUCUGUGAAGCCAAGGCUUGCCUUUGUUAUCACACAAACAUAACACAACCUUUAACUUCUAGUAGGGAAUGGAUUAAAUAUCUGUGGAAUGAAUGGCUUAAGCAAUCUAGUUUAAAUAGAGACAACUUAGGGCUUCCCUGGUGGCGCAGUGGUUGAGAGUCCGCCUGCCGAUGCAGGGGACGCGGGUUCGUGCCCCGGUCCGGGAGGAUCCCACAUGCCGCGGAGCGACUGGGCCCGUGAGCCAUGGCCGCUGAGUCUGCGCGUCCGGAGCCUGUGCCCCGCAGCGGGAGAGGCCACAGCAGUGAGAGGCCCGCGUACCACAAAAAAAAAAAAAAAGAGAGACAACUUAAAUAAUUGUAAGGCAGGUGGUGAAACUAAAUGCAACUACCAAAAAUUAUUUCCGAAGGAGAUAUAUAGCAUAAAAUAAGAUCUUGUACUAAUUAUAAUCUGGAACACAAACUUCAGAUGUUACUAAGGAGGGAGAAGAAUUGGUUAAGAGAGGUGAGAGAAGGGAUAAUGGUACAUCUAGAGCACAAAAGAUACUAUUUUGAUGUUUAGAGAAAUAUAGGUUAAUAUUUUUUUAUUCUGAAGGUAACCACUAGUAAAAUUUUAAAUAAGAUAUAGACUUCCAAAAUAUAAAAGAUAGGGACUUUCCUGGUGGCACAGUGGUUAAGAAUUCGCCUGCCAGUGCAGGGGACAUGGGUUCGAUCCCUGGUCUGGGAAGAUCCCACAUGCUGCGGAACAACUAAGUCCGUGCACCACAACUACUGAGCCUGCGCUCUAGAGCUCACAAGCCACAACUACUGAAGCCCGAGCGCCUAGAGCCUGUGCUCUGCAACAAGAGAAGCCAGCACAAUGAGAAGCCCAUGCAAGGCAACAAAGACCCAAUGCAGCCAAAAAAAAAUUUUUUUUUAAUAUAUAAAAGAUAAAUACAAAGAAAAUACAGACCUGUGUAACAGAAAUCAGACAACAAAGGGAACAAGAAGCAUAAAAAAUCGUAAAGAAUAAAAUGAUAGAAGUAAAACCAGAUAGAUCAUCUAUAACAAUAAAUACAAAUUUCUUAAGUUACCCUAUUACCAGUAGAGACUCUCAAACACUUUAAAACAACGUGAAACAAAAGGUUAGAAUUAAAGAGUGGGCAGAGGUAAUUCUAGCAAAAACAAACUGAAAAUAAAAUGAUGUGCUGUUAUCAAUGUGCAAUGGAGAAGAAUCCCAGGGAAAUACAGAAAAUGAGAAGAAAAGAUUCACUCGACAUUGAUAAAGGAUACAGUCCAUAGUGAAGAGAUAACCAUUAAGAACCUUACAUGCCCAAAAAAGAUUAUGUUAAAAUGGAGAAAGUAACUGAAAAAUAAUAAUUCUAGAUGAUUUUUAAUUCAUAUCUCAGUCUUUCCCAUAGAUAAAGUAGGGAAAAAAAUUUUAGAAGCUUCAAAUCAUAAAUGUGACAUAUACCUGUUGAACUUUGAACCGUCAAACAGAAUACAACUUCUAGUACUUCAAAAUCAGACAUUAUUUAAAGCCGGAAUACAAUACCCCAGAAAAUUAAUAGCAAAAGUUAAUUUCUAAAAAUAAUUUAGGGGGGCUUCCCUGGUGGCACAGUGGUUGGGAAUCUGCCUGCCAAUGCAGGGGACACGGAUUCAAGCCCUGGUCCGGGAAGAUCCCACAUGCCACGCAGCACCUAAGCCCGUGUGCCACAACUACUGAGCCUGUGCUCUAGAGUUCACGAGCCACAACUACUGAGCCCAUGCGCCUAGAGCCCGUGCUCUGCAACAAGAGAAGCCACCACAAUGAGAAGCCCUCGCACCGCAAUGAAGAGUAGCCCUCGCUUGCCACAAUCAGAGAAAAGCCUGUGCGCAGCAACGAAGACCCAACGCAACCAAAAAAAAAAACAAUAAAUAAAUAAAAAUAAAUUAAUUAAUCUAAUAAUAAUUUAGGGAGUUCCUUGGUGGCCUAGUGGUUAGGAUUCCGGGCUUUCACUGCCAUGACCCGAGUUCAGUCCUUGGUUGGGAAACUGAGAUCCCGCAAGCUGCAAGGCACAGUAUGGACAAAAAUUUUUUGAAAAUUUCAUCGCACACUCCCAAAUGAAUACUGCGUCAAUAGUUAUUUGGUCACAGACUGUUUAAGAAAGAAAGACAGUGACAACAUUGUGCCUCAAAACUUAUGGCUCUGACCACACCUCUGUUCAAAGGAAGAUCCAUAGCACUUUAAAAAUUGCUUUAUUGUAACUCAAGGGAAAACAUAUUGUCAAGUUAACUGAGCAGUCAAUCCGAGGAGCUGGAAAGAGAAAUGGAGAAAGGGAUUAAUAAUGAUAAAGGCAAAAAGUAAUGGAUUGGAAUAUUUUUAAAGAGAACUGAUCAAUGUAAUCCGAUAGCUGGUUUCCUGAGAAAAAUAAAUAAAAUAGAC